AUGGAUAGCACGGGCGAUUUCACGGAUUACCUUCAGGAUAUAUUCGAUAACAUGGAAAAUGAUACCUUGCUGGAUAUCUUUAAUAUGGCUAAUCACUCUCACAGCAGUUUCAAUUUCAGAAAGUUGAAAGAACAUAGAUAUGGCGCUUCCGGCACUGCUCUGCUAUUGGUGUCUUUUUCAAUACUUGUUGUCAUUUCCUUUUUCGGAAAUAUGUUAGUGGUUCACGUGGUGGUAAAAAACCGGAAGAUGCACACGGUGACCUAUAUUUUCAUUGCCAAUAUGGCGUUUUCAGAUUUAUUGAUGACAUGUUUGAACGUGCCAUUGAAUAUUGCGCGGGAACUUAUGUCGGAAUGGACUCUUGGAGCAUUUUUAUGUCACGUGUUGAAUUUGUCAUUAAUGACAUCAGUUUAUGUAUCAACAUUUACUCUAACUGCCAUAGCACUUGAUCGUCAACGGGUUUUGAUUUAUCCUCUGAACCCAAGGAUCACCAGACGGAAAGGGAUUUUUAUACUUGUACUGAUUUGGUCACUAGCAUUCUCACUGGCUUUACCUUAUGGAAUAUACACGAGAGUACAAGACUUGAACUUGUUUGUUACUACAGUGAAGCGAUGUCGUACUAAUUUCCCAAGUGUGAAGUGGGAGCAAAGCGUAACCAUUGGAACAAUGGUGGUACAGUAUGUGUUACCACUCACUAUAAUAGGUGUCACUUAUGGACGAAUUGUGCAUAAAUUGUGGCUUCGUACACAGCUGGGAGUGGUUACAGAAAAACAGCGGGUUUUACAAAUUCAGGAAAAAAGGAAAAGUAUAAAGCUGUUAGUUGCCGUUGUUGCUGUUUUUGCCGUGUGUUGGAUGCCGCUCAAUUUAUACCACCUGCUUACUGAUCUUCAUCCGGAUGUAAAACAGUUUGCGUAUAACAGCACCGUGUUUUUUAUAUGUCAUUGGGUCGCGAUUAGCAGUACCUGUAUUAAUCCUUUUCUAUACUGUUGGAUGAAUCCGAUUUUCAAAAGAGAAUUCAAAAACAUCCUGAAGUGCUGUUGCGCCGUUCAAAGUCAUCCAGUGAAUUCAAGGUCAUUUGAUAUGGAAUUCGAUGACCUCAUUUCCCCUGGUAACGAUCGAGGAAGGAUGAGGUACAGGAUGCAAUUCACCAAUGGACGUGGAUGCUCAAAUGCUUGCUCAAAUAUGUGUUCCGUGAGUUCGAGUGACUCCCAAAGAGGGGGUGAAACUCAUAUGCUAUAUUCAAAUCGAAAUAUACCGUCACAGUCGGUAUAA